UCAUACUGAUUGACGCGACCAAUUUCAGGGUAAUCUGUUGCAUUCGAUCUAGUAUGUUUGGCGGUUGGUGAUGAACUCCGCCCUGCAGCAAACAGGACUAAUGUUUUUGAGAAGUGCCAUCGAAAGGAUUCUUUCGGAUCGUGAUAUCAAACGAAAAGAGAAUUUACAAUUGAAAAAAGCAUGCGAAAACGUUCUAGAAGAGUUGAAAGGCGAAGACUAUGCCAACGAUAACAACAAUGGUGAAGUUUUGCCGGACAAGGAGCAUAUCGUUGAAGCCGAUCGCUAUUUUUUACCGUUCGAGCUGGCCUGCAAAUCAAGAAGUCCUAAGAUCGUCAUCACUGCCUUAGAUUGCCUUCAGAAACUGAUAGCAUACGGUCAUCUGACUGGACGUGGAGCGGAUUCGUCGAAUCCUGAUCGGAAACUGAUUGAUCGCAUUGUUGAAGCCAUCUGCUCAUCGUUCGUAGGUCAAGGAACCGACGAAGCCGUGCUACUACAAAUAAUAAAGGCUAUACUUGCCGUUGUGCUCACCAAUAAUUGUGAAGUGCAUGAAGGUUCCCUUCUGCUAGCUGUACGGACAUGUUUCACUAUCUUUCUUGCCACAAAAAGCCCUAUCAAUCAGUCCACGGCUAAAGGAACUCUUACUCAGGUCAUCAAUGCCGUUUUUGCUAACAUGGAACGAAUGGGAAAUACCAAGGACGAUUCGGUCAUCGUUCAUGAAGUCGUUGAACACCUAGUUUCCUCAGCUGUAAGCAUGGCGAUAGAAUGCGGUGACGAAGUGGAAAGCCGAAGUGGUCGUGGUGGCGCUGGAGCGUCUACUAUCUGGGGCGAUAACGACGGUGCACAUGCCGAAGAUCAGAUCACCUUUCCCAACGUUGAGCAGAAGGACGCUUUUCUAGUGUUCCGAGCUCUUUGUGUUCUUGCUCAGAAGGACGAGGGUGAUGUGAAUGACCCAAGAAAUACGCACCUGAACUCUAAAAUGUUGGCGUUGGAAAUGUUGUUGCUGGUUUUACAAAACUCUUCAACAACAUUGCAAAAUGCUCAACCAUUCAUUUUGUUGAUUAGGAAGUCGUUAUGUGUCGCUCUCUCAAGAAAUGCAGUAUCGUCCAAUGUAAAGGUCUUCGAAAAAUCUUUGGCUAUCUUUGUGCAACUUUUAGACAAGUUCAAAGUGCAUUUGAAGCUGCAGAUUGAGGUCUUCUUCAAAGAAAUCAUUAUAUCCAUGCUUGAGUCUUCAUCAUGUUCAUUUGAGCAUAAAUGGAUUGUUCUGCACACCAUAGGAAAGAUUCUGGCAAAUCCUCAGUCUGUAGUGGACCUGUAUGUAAACUAUGACUGCGAUUUGACGGCGCACAACGUGUUCGAAAAUUUGGUAGAGGUGGUAUCUAAAACCGCGCGAACUGCUAUCAACGACAAUGCCCCCAUAGUACAGAAAGAACGCGAAAGAGCCAUGCGUUUACUUGGUUUGAGCUGUUUGACGGACCUUCUCCAGUGCCUUGUUGAUUGGUUCGAUGUUUGUGAAACCACUAAAGACGCAAUGUAUCAAGCUAGAGCAGAUGAAGACGAUACAGCAGCAGAGUUGCCUUCCUCGCCUACUGUACAUAGGUUUAUUCAUCUUAAACAGAAAAAGGAGCUAAUGGAACACGGAAUCUUGCUAUUUUCGCGUAAACCGAAGCAGGGGCUCAAAUUUCUGCAAGAACAUGGAUUUGUUGGCACGGAACCCAAUGAAAUAGCUGAGUUUCUGAUGAAGGAAGAACGACUGGACAAAACCGUUGUGGGAGACUUUCUCGGUGACCCCGAUGAGUUCAAUAAGCAAAUCAUGUACGCAUAUGUGGAUGACUUGGACUUUUCUGGUCGUGAUUUUGUCUCGUCUUUGCGGAUAUUCUUAGAAAAAUUCCGAUUACCCGGCGAAGCACAGAAGAUCGACCGACUCAUGGAAAAGUUUGCUUCCCGAUACUGCGAAUGUAAUCCUAGUUUGGGACUGUUUGCUUCUGCAGACACAGCCUAUGUUCUUGCCUACUCUAUUAUAAUGCUUACUACAGAUCUUCAUAGCGCACAGGUGAAAAGCAAAAUGACAAAGGAUCAGUAUGUAAACAUGAACCGAGGCAUUAACAAUGGUGCUGAUCUGCCACCAGAUGUGCUAUGUGCCAUCUACGAUGAUAUCGCUGCUAACGAAAUCAAAAUGAAAGCUGGUGCUAGCAAACUUCUCAAAUCGAAAAAGGCAAAUGCAGGAGAGAACGAAAAACAACGGCGAGCAAUGGCAAAUCUUGAACUCGCGGCUAUGUCGGAAACGGCUAGAUCUUUGAUGGAAAGCGCUAGCAAUGCGGCAGCAGAUUUCACACCAGCCCAGCACCAGCAUCAUGUUCGACCUAUGUUCAAAAUAUGCUGGACACCAUGUCUGGCUGCGUUUAGUGUCGGCCUGCAAGCGUCAGAUGAUGUGGAAGAGUGGUACCUUUGUAUACGAGGUUUUCGGCUAGGAGUGCGUGCUGCUUGCGUUUUGAGAUCUAGACUGGAACGAAAUGCCUUCAUACAGGCAUUGGCCAGGUUCACACUACUUACUGCCAAGAAUGCGCUGGGAGAAAUGAAAGAGAAGAAUAUUGAGGCCAUCAAGCUGUUGCUUGCCAUCGGCGACGAAGACGGUGAUUAUCUGGAAGACAACUGGGUUGAUGUGAUCAGAUGCAUAAGUCAACUUGAACUUGCGCAGCUUAUAGGAACGGGUCUGGGAACUUCAACCAAAGAGGACAAGGAGAGCAGUCGACAAUAUGUGAUGAAGAGCACGGGUGCAUUGGAUGAGCGUACGCUAGCCACACUACAAGGUGCCCUUGGGGAAACCAGUUCACAAGCGGUCGUUGUAGCUGUUGACAGGAUAUUCCAAGGAUCAUGUCGUUUGACAGCGGAUGCUAUCGUGUAUUUUGUGCGCGCCCUCUGUGCCGUUUCCAAAGAAGAGCUGAAUCAACCAGCCGCUCCGCGAAUGUUCCUUCUAGGGAAACUAGUCGAGGUGGCGUUCUAUAACAUGGGAAGGAUUCGUUUAGAGUGGCGGAGGGUAUGGGAAGUAGUCGGCGAGCACUUCAACAUGGCAGGAUGCAAUGCGAGCGAAAUUGUAGCCCAUUAUUCUGUUGAUGCUCUACGACAACUGGCGAUAAAGUUUCUUGAAAGAGGGGAGCUGCCAAACUUUCGAUUCCAGAAGGAUUUUCUUCGACCUUUUGAGGUCAUCAUGGCAAGAAAUCGCUCUGUUCAAACUCGUGAGCUAGUUGUUGCUUGCUGUUCGAACCUGGUGGAAGCUCACGCUCCUCGAAUAAAGUCAGGCUGGCAAAAUUUGUUUUCUGUUUGGACGCUUGCUGCUGGUGAUGUGCAAAAAGAUAUCGUCGAAGCAGCGUUCCUGGCUAGCUCCAGAGUGGUACUUUAUCAGUUCAAGGAGGAUUUUGCCUCAGUGCUGGAUGCCUUCCAAGAAGCAUUAAAAUGCUUAGCGGAAUUCGCCUGCAAUACCAAUCAUCCGGAUAUGAAUAUGGAAGCUAUACGACUUAUUCGUUCUUGCGGAGAGUACGUCUCCAUCAACCAAGAACGCAUUGUCGAAGCACCAUGGGAAGAGUCAUGGAGUGUGUCAGGUGAUCAGCGGAUAUGGCUGCGUGGGUGGUUUCCUAUUUUCUUCGAACUGAGUUGUAUAAUAAAUCGAUGUAAACUGGAUGUUCGUACUCGGAGUUUGACCGUGAUGUUCGAGAUCAUGAAGAACCAUGGAAAUGAAUUCCGGUCUGAGUGGUGGAGAGAUCUUUUCAACAUUGUAUUUCGAAUAUUUGAUCAUGCUAAGUUGGACGAGCAUCGCGCUGAUAAAAAGGAAUGGAUGAUGACAACUUGCAACCACGCAAUGUACGCAAUAGUUGAUGUAUUCACGCAGUUUUUCCCACAGCUCAGUGAGCUCGUGCUACCAUCCAUCUACGAACAGUUCGCUGUUUGUAUACAACAGAAAAACGAGCAACUAGCACGAUCUACGGUUAAUUGUUUGGAGACGCUGAUAUUGCUCAAUGGGGAACGAUUCAGCGAUGACAUGUGGGAGAAAACGGUGAAACUUUUCCGACGUCUUUUUGCAGCAACACUACCGAAAUCCCUAUUAACGUGGGAGCCGGAUCGACCUGCAUCUGGAGUUGCUAAUGACUCGAAUAACGAGGAUCUUGACGGCAAAGUUCCGAGCAUUGACGGGCGACCUAACGGGUCAAUCCAUCCCGAUGCGAUGUUCUCUGAACAAAUCGUUUUUUGUGUAGUGCAGUCAGAACUGGUGGAUGCGGUUACAUCUAUAGUUUUAGGAGCGAAGAAAAGCACAGACGAGAUAGUUCUGAGCAUACCAGCGAUAAAGUCGGAACAGCCUAAUGGUUCAGACUACAGUAAUACUGUAAGCAAAGGUUUGUUCAGUACCAUGGAUCCCAUACUUCUACUGAGCCUUUGUGAUGCUUUGGGAGAGAGCCAACGAUUAGCAAAGCAGUUCAACGACAACAAUGGGCAGAGGACGUUGUUAUGGAAGGCUGGUCUCCGCGGCUCGAGUAAGCCAAAUUUGAUAAGGCAAGAAACGCACGCACUGCGUGCCAUACUAGCUAUCCUUCUGAGGCUUCUCAACGAUCCCCGUUCAGAACCUGUGCAAGACAGAGUUGCGAAGGGAGUGCUCAAUGUUGUAUCGGCUGUACUUCGUGGCUACGGAGAAGCUGGUUCUGAUGCUCGUCGCACAGCGUACGCUCCCGUAGUUUGCGAAUUACUACAAGAAUGUCUUCGUCUGCCACCUCAUCUUCUACCCGCGCUGGGCGCCGAGUUUCCAGUGCAUUUAUGCGAGCUCGUUGAGAUUGCUGAAGGGCAACCAUUGCGAUCACUUUUGGCUACAUUACUACGGCAGUUUUUAGCGAGCAAGAACUGCGUCACAACAAAUACAAAUGCCAAACCUGUGAUCAAUGGUGUCUCUGAAAAAUCUAGCGAACCGCUUCUUCCUCGUUAUCACGUAACUUAUCUGCAGGCAAUUCUUGGCUUCCAUAUAGUUGUCUCUCUCAUAGCUCUCACUGUCAUGAGCAAGCUAGGCACUCGCCUUUCUUUGAUACAAAUGUUCAUUGUGAAAGGAUUAUAUCGUUUCAUUGCUCCUUCUAAUGAUGAUAUCCGUGCACUUAUGCCACCAUCUAAAGACAAUCCCAGAGCAAGAAAGAAAAAACGGGAGGAAGAAGAAGCUGAGGGUUUCAACGUACCCAAAUCUCUUCCGUUACGUCUUCGUGUGGGCAGCGUUUUGGAGGAGGAGCUCAGAAAUCUUCCCAUGUACUCUUCUGUUCAUUGGCUUUCUCUGUUUGUACCAUUAUGUCUCAUCGUGUACUCAAUGAGUGAGCUUUAUUCAUUUAUGUUCCCAAGCAGCACCGACACCAAUGUUGCUAUCCUUUGGCUCCUUAUAGCUGUAGCCUUUGUCUUGCAGGUGCUUGCGCGUUUGACGUCGUGGCUAAUUAUCAAUGAAGAUGAGAGAAGUGUUCUGUUGAUGUUUGCGGCAAUAUUUUUCUUAUUCUCUGUCAUAUUUGCAACCCAAGCUGACCAUUUCUUCGAUAUCCAGUUGCUCAGAGCCUAUGAUCAUUUUUGUGACAAUAUUGCAACAUUGAUGAAUGAGACUGGGAUCACCGAGAGCUAUGCACGAUACAGGGACCCGAUACUUCUAUACGUUUCCAUGUCUGUUCUAUUCUCGUUCAUUGCCGCGAUGCUGGUCUUCCCGAACUUCCGCUACGCUAAUAUGUACACUAAUGCUCAGCAAAGUGUCUCCCGAUUGACGAAAUUCGGUUUACAUAUUACAUUUUUGUUACCGCUUCUCACUCUGUUAUCUUUUUCAAGUCCCGUCAAGAAGCAGCUUGUAUUUGGACCAAGGAAAUUGCUCACUGAAAAUCAGCUAGAUAUUACGCGGGUUUAUCUAGCUAUUCUAACACUUGCUAUGAGGAUAGCUUAUAAAACGCCCCAUCUUCAGGCGCAUCUGAAUUUAUCCUCCGCAAAACUGAAAGCCUUGCAGCGAGAAACUGGAUACAUCAGAAAUAUUGCAUUGCAAGCAACAGUGAUCUCUCUUGGACAGGAAUGCCCUCUGCUCACAUUGCUCAUUCUGCUACAGUUGUGGGAUCCCUACGCUCAAUUUUUGAUGCUACUGUGUGUCGUGCUAUCUGUCCCGGAUGGAACAUUGAACGGAUUCGAUAAGGAUUACGCUAUCAAUGGACCAUCGCUCACGAUCAUCGGUGGUAAACAGCAAACAGAGGGCGAUUACCAAUGCGUUGCUGUCGUUUCGGAAGUUCGACUUUCUAAUCGCCAAGUAAUCAGAACCACUCUGGUUUCUGAUCCGAUAAAGCUUCGAAGAGCGCGCAUCACGAAAUUCGAUCAAACCACCAAUCAUUAUGUGCAUGUGGAACAGGGACAAGUCGCUCGCUUACCCUGCGCUGGUUUACCUGACGUCGUUCCUGGGCCUGCCGAAAUAUGUUUCGUCAAAAGCGGUUCCGAUGAUGGAUGCCUGAGUGACAAAGUCGACUCCAACUACCUUUCAACAGCUACAGGAAUGCAGAUAUCCGUCGUGCAGCCGCAUCAUGCUGGAGAAUACUACUGCGUUGUGCGAAAUGACUACACAAAACAAACGAGGAAGAGUCCGCGAUAUGUUAAACUUAGAGUAGAGCCGUCUAGCAAUGCAUCGCUGUCAGAACAACCUCAACUUCCUCAGCUGGUGUAUCCAAGCAAGGAGAAUCGGCCAGACAAUCCCAUUGUCAUCGAUGCUGUCGCCGGUCAUGAUGUCAUUCUUGAAUGUGUAUAUGUGCGUGCAAAAGUCAUAUGGACCAAACUUGGCAAUGAAGCACCUGAGAUCUCUCUUACUGACGAUGAAGCUCGACUGAGACAGGUGUGGGGAAACCUCAGAAUUCGUCAAGUAGCUCAAGAUGACUCAGGAGUAUAUUCUUGCCAUGGACUUUCUCCCUUUGCUGCUGAUUCGUCGUUGAAUGAAGAUCAUUUACAAGUGUAUUACUCACUUGUGGUCCAUGCACCCACGGAUGUGCAUCUUGAAAUGAACCAGAAUGCGCGUGACAGAAGCUGGCAGCUUUCAUGCUUUGCUAAGAACGUAAAGUAUGAAAUCCCCAUGGUUUAUGUGAACGGCACCCCUCUGACUGAUGCGAUUGCUGAAAUGGGUGUAGCCUACUCUGCAAACCUUUUCAGUAAUCCCGUCAACGCCACUAUAAGAAUAAGGAGUAAUUAUAGCGCAAGCGUGCAAUGCGUAUCACGCCCAGCUAUGGAUGAGGCAGAGAUAUACGGGAGUGGUUUGGAACGUGGUCGAUCGCAUAAUAUGUACGUAGUGAGUAGUCCAAGCAAGGAUCACCUCAUCAGACAAGGCCCCGUCAAUGUGACAGCCAUUGUCGGCGAUGAUGUAGAGCUCAUAUGCCUCGUUAUACAACGUGUACGUUCGAAGUACUGGCUGAAAGACGGUUCGUUCGUACCUUUUGGUGCUGCCAGGACGCAGAGGGUAGGAUCGAAUAGUCUAAAGAUCCACAAUGUCGAGAAGAAAGAUGAAGGGUGGUACACUUGUGUCGUGGUUGGAGAAGGUUCAGAUAAGAGUGAGCAGCAAGCUUAUCUCAAAGUAGCACCUAGGUUCGAAGAAGUUUUGUCUCAAGCCGUCUCAAGCACAGAGUCGUAUGCAGCAAAGAAGAAAGAUGACAACGUCAGUAUCGAGGACGUGCAUGGUUUCGUGACCAAUUCCCAUGUUCGCAUUCAGUGGUCCGUGAUUGGUAAAAUGGAAUCGCUGACAUCGGUGAGUGGAUUCGAAAUUGAAAUGCGGAAAUCUUCGAACAACUCCUGGACGACGGCAGACAAUGUUGGCAGUCAUGUGCGUGCUACAACUAUAAGAGAGCUUACACCAGGGAAUCACUAUCAGUUUCGAGUGAAAAUGAUGAAAGGCGAUGGAAAGAUAGUGAUCAGUGAAAGCACAGGCUGGUUAUUCGUGGACCAUCCUGCUGAAGGAGCGUCUGAGUUCGGUUUCAUAGGAGCAAACAACUCCGAUGCCUUCGAAAAUGGGCGCAAUACGAGUGAAAAUGUUAUUGCGAUAAAUAAUUCACUUGAUGGAUAUCUGAUCACUUAUUUGUCCAAAGCAAUGACGGAAGGAUUAUCAGCAAAAUCCAUAGGCAUCCUCUGUGUACCUGUUGCAGUUUUCUGCUUGUUGCUUUUGAUCUGCUGCGCCGUCUGGUGUAGUGUUUGGCAAAACAACAAGGAGAGCCAUUUCCCAUCGAAAUCGGCAAAUGGCAAAUUCUUGGACACUUCAUAUCGCAUAUUCAAUGAGCAAAAAGUCCACAAAUGCAGAAUCAAUCAUGCUAAUUUUGAACCUGCGCAACUCCGCGAAAAUAUGCCCUUAAAUACGGUUGAGGAAUGA